AUGCCCCCAUCUACGCGACUGCAAGAAGCUAUCAUGUUCCAGGCACUCGCUCCACUUCCUCCUCCCCCACCUCAGCCAACCUUCACCUGCUUCAAAAACAUGCCGCCUGAGCUAAGAAGGAUGGUAUGGGAUAUGACUCUCCCAGACCCUCAAGUCUACUGUCUCAAGCCUUCGCGCAAGCAGAACGACAGAUGGCUUCGAAUCAAGGCACCUCCGCUCCCAGUUGCUCUCAUGGUCAGCGAAGAAUCACGAAACCAAGCCCAGCUCCGGCUCAAACGCUACACCAUCUCGACGGAUCCAUUGGAGCCUUCCGAUACCCAGCAGUAUGGAUACUUCAAUCCCAGAACCGAUGUCUUGCAUUUGCCCUUUUGGAGUAGUCAGCGCAGGUUGGGCAGGUUCCCAUUUGAGAAAUUCUCUUUUCAUCUUGAUGUCACCCAGUCUGAACGUAUCACUACGAUUAUCAUGCCGAACCUUGAUAUUCGCCUAAAGUAUGCAGAGAAGUUCCCCGACAUAUUCAUGGUAAUGCAGGAUGAAAUGAAUGGGUUCAAAAGGCACAAAUCUUGCAACACAUGGAUCCCUGUCGGGAUGCCAGUCAUCCAUCGGCCUUGGAACAACGCUUUUCUCCAGGGUCUGCUUGAUCACCGUCGCUUCCACGAGGGCAUUAAGAGCUGGUCCCCAGCCGUAUCGGCCAUGCUAUCGGAAACCCGUGAGGGCCAUCCCACUGCAACCAUCACUGCUAUGCCGCUUGCCUGUGCAUGCCCAGGCGUCGUCGACAGAAUGGUCGCCAAGGUCGACAUGGCAAUCGGAGAGCAGCAGCGAAAGACGAGAAAGGAGGAUAAAAAGGCGCAGAGAGUGAAGGCCACAAAAGAGAGACGGGAGAGAGCGGCUCUCAAGAAGUCAUUGGCGAGACAGGAGAGAGAAGAAGCGGCCAAGGCCAGUGGGGAGAAGAUCAGGCUCCGCACGAGACAGGCAAGACGCUUUCAAGUCAGUGACUAA